UUAUGGGUGCAUUCGUUUAUGCAGUGAUUAGCGCAUCCACUGCGCAUCCACUGCGUCUAUUAUCUGCGAGUCACGUGACAUCAUUUACCGAACGAUCACCUGCGUGAAUUGACUGCUCAGAUUGUAAUUGGAGUGCGCAACGUUUCCAAGUUCAAUUGGCUUAACAAUGGAGAAGACUACAUUCGUUUACGCAGUAGUCCGCAGUACUGCGAGCAAAGCAUCCUAAGCAGGACCUCCGAGAUGGCUGCGCAGAUAGGCAGCAGCUCUGCUUAAACGAACAACAAACUGCGCUGCAGUCGGUUGCGGAGGUGGAGUAAACGAACGACAUUUGCGGCAUUCUGCGGCAGUCACUGCAUAAACGAAUGCACCCUAUGAAUACCACUUUAUAAAUGAACACGUGAUUACUCUGACGACACGUGUUAUCAGCUGUCAUGAUAUUGGUUGGAUUUCUCGCGUAUGCGCACAAUAAAAUCUUAUAUAUAUCUUGAUUUUCGGCUACUGUGUCCCUCGAGUUUUGCGUUAUCACCAUGUGGGGUCUCCAUUAUCAGUUCGGAGAUUGCUCGUGACUCCUGCUGACCCUUAAUAAAAUCCCUCCGCGAGAAAAUAAUUUUAUCAAAGUAUAUACUUAUUAUAUAUAACAAAGGAAACGUGUGUGUGGUGAUGCGUCCCGCAAGGAGUUAAGUGCAUUAAAAAUAACCUCUCUCGUUGAUGCUCCGAGUUUGUUUCUUCGAUGUAUCUUUAUCGAAAUCCACGAAUUUGUGCGAAUACAUUUAACGUAUGUUACAAGUGUUAUGUGAACGCGAUCACUUAAUUUUUGACCCUUUUUGCAGUGAAUAUAUGUGAACAAUUCUGUUAUAUCAUAUGAUCCAACUUGAGGAAUGAGAUCUCUUUUUUUCAUUUGGUCGUGAAUUUAAUUGCACAUAUUUUUCGAAAUUAAAUAAAUAUUUGUGCUCGCAAUUUUUUUUUUUGAAGCAGCAGAAGUAAAAAAUAAGGAAAUACAGGUGAAUUUUAACCAUUGGUGGUAAGCAUUAAAACCGAUAACAUCUCAUCUAAUUUAUUGCGUGGUAUAACAGUAAAAAUGUCAUUGACAUAUCUGAAAUAAACCGGAACUGCGAACUGCAAUGAAUUUAAGCAAUGAGACUCUAGAUCAUCCAUCACCAUAUCUGCCAGGAUGGGUGACAUCUCAACUCUAUUUAUGAUAAGACAUGGUUUCUCUAUAUGAAUGUGAGAGGAUAAGAAAUGAUGAGAAUUCUAAUAUAACUGUGACAAUCAAAUAUAAAAUACAGUAAAUUAAGCACAAUUUACAUUGUUAUUUAUGAAUUAAAGAUGAUUGUCAAAAAUAAAUCUUGUCGAUUGUUGUAUUGUUUAAGUUAAUGUGAAUGUAAAUUUCACACACGCCAAGAUGGCAAUUGGAAAUAUUAUCUGUGGUGCAAAUACUCCAAAAGUGAAAAAGAAAAAAAUUAAGACAACUGAACGCAAUUGGAUAGAGGCUACAUUUCAAAAGAGAGAAUGUGCAAAGUUUAUUCCGAGCGUGGAAGAUGAGCAUAGAUGUUGCUGUGGCAAUUCAUACACUCAUCAUUGUGGAACUGGGGCAGAUGUUCAAAGUUACACUCUCAGUAAUACCAGAGAAAAAGAUCGUGAACAGUGGUUUCCAGGAAAAAAUACUCGCGCUUUCCCCACCGAUGCAUAUGGCACUAUAGAAUUUCAGGGUGGCCCGCAUCCUACAAAAGCACAAUACGUAAGAUUGGCUCAUGAUACACGACCGGAACCAAUUGUUCAGCUUUUAUGUCGAGAAUGGAAUUUAGGCUUGCCCAAAUUGUUAAUUACGGUCCAUGGUGGUAGAUCAAAUUUCGAGCUUCAGCCGAGUUUGAAGAAGGUUUUACGUAAAGGCUUAUUGAAAGCCGCUAAAACAACGGGAGCAUGGAUAUUCACGGGAGGAACCAAUACAGGUGUUACGCGACAAGUCGGUGAUGCUUUAUUGUUGGAACGUUCUCAACGACAAGGUCGAGUGGUGAGCAUAGGAAUUGCCCCUUGGGGAAUUUUGGACAAGAGUCACGAGUUGAUCAGUCGCGGUGGAGAAGUAUCAUACGAUUGUGUCUCCUCGCCAUGGACCAAAUACACAGUGUUAAAUAAUCGACAUGCCUACUUCUUAUUGGUGGACAAUGGUACUGGCGCUCGGUACGGUGCAGAAAUUGUUCUUCGUAGAAAAUUAGAAAAAUACAUUUCAAAUUUAAAAUUGCAACCAUAUACGCACAGCAGUAUACCUGUAGUAGCUUUGGUUAUCGAAGGCGGAACAAAUACAAUCCGUGCGGUUUUGGAAUAUGUGACGGAUGAUCCACCUGUACCAGUAGUAAUUUGUGAUGGCUCAGGACGUGCAGCUGAUCUGAUCGCUUUUAUGCAUAAGUGGAGAGAUGGGCAGACUGGUGAUGGAGAAGGGCCUUUGGAGGGCGUCAAGGAACAAGUUUUAGAAACUAUUAAACGCACUUUUCAAGUUUCCGCCGAACAGGCGAGUCAGCUCUGUUCAGAACUCUUGCAAUGUACACGAAAAAAACAUUUGAUCACUGUAUUCAGGAUCUCGCAAGAUAGACCACAGGAACUCGAUCAAACUAUCUUGACAGCUUUGUUUAAAUCAAAACAAUUGUCACCGGCUGAACAGCUGUCCCUUUCGUUAAUAUGGAAUCGCGUAGAUAUUGCUCGAAGUGAAAUUUUUAUAUACGGCCAAAAGUGGCCGCCUGGUGCUUUAGAACAGGCUAUGAUGCAGGCGCUUCAGCAUGACAGGAUAGACUUUGUGAAACUUCUACUGGAAAAUGGUGUGUCCAUGCGGAAAUUUUUAUCGAUACCCCGUCUCGAGGAGCUGUAUAAUACAAAAGAAGGCCCAUCAAAUACGUUGGGCUACAUCCUGCGCGAUGUACGGCCGAAUAUUCCACGAGGUUACAUGUACACCCUGCACGACAUCGGUCUCGUGAUCAACAAAUUGAUGGGUGGAGCGUAUCGAGCACAGUAUACGCGUAGAAGGUUUCGCGUUAUUUAUACCAAGGUGAUGAAGAAAUCUGGCGGUAAUCAGCAAUACAUGCAUCGGAACAGCUGCGCUCCGAAUUGCAAUACACGCUACGGCAAUACGGGCUCCGGUGGAAAAUCCGACAGUUUAACCAUGAGUCUACUCGCGGAAACAUUGCCGGCUCAUCGCGACACGCCUCUCUUCGACUACCCGUUCAACGAACUGCUCAUUUGGGCCGUAUUGACAAAGCGUCAGCAAAUGGCUCUGUUAAUGUGGCAACAUGGGGAGGAGGCCCUGGCUAAGGCUCUUGUUGCCCUGAAACUGUACAAGGCGAUGGCGCAUGAAGCGGCUGAGGAUGAUCUGGAAACCGAAGUUUAUGACGAAUUACGCGGUUAUGGCAAAGAGUUUGAAAAUAUAGCACUCGAAUUAUUGGACUAUUGUUAUCGACAAGAUGAUGAUCAGACACAACAGUUAUUGACUUCGGAACUUCAAAAUUGGUCAGGGCAGACAUGCCUGUCUCUCGCAGUUACAGCGAAUCAUCGACAAUUAUUAGCGCAUCCUUGUAGCCAAAUUAUUCUAGCCGACUUAUGGAUGGGUGGUCUUCGUACACGUAAAAAUACGAAUCUGAAAGUGGUUAUGGGAUUAUUCUGUCCUCUGUACAUAACGCGAUUAGAAUUUAAGAGUAGAGAAGAACUGCAACUGAUGCCUCAGACGCAAGAGGAACAUUUGAUUGCCCUAGAAGAUGAGAAAGAAGACAGCGAUUCUGAACAGAGUACACCCGCAGGGCCAGAUGUAGAGAAACGUCUGCGCAGGAGCCUGAGCGUACGCAACAAAUCCAUCAACCAACAAGGCGUAAAGGCUUUAAUUAGCAACGAGCACAAUACAACAAUAGUCAAGGAGACAAUUGUUAAAGAGAAUGGGAAAGUAUUAACUGACAACGACGAUGUAAUAUAUCGCUCUUAUGGUCUUCAAUCUGAGUAUUAUGAUAAUAAAACAACUAGGCCAUUAAGAUUAAGAAAGAAACUAUAUGAAUUCUACACUGCUCCGAUUACAAAAUUCUGGGCAAAUGCUAUAGCAUAUAUUAUCUUUUUGCUAUUCUUUUCGUAUUGCAUUCUGAUAAAAAUGGAGGCACAUCCAUCGUUAGCAGAAAUAUACGCAAUCGCUUACAUCUGUACUCUUGGAUGCGAAAAAGUACGCGAAAUAGUGAUCUCGGAACCUGCAAAACUCUCACAUAAAUUUAGCGUGUGGGCUUGGAACAUGUGGAAUCCAUGUGACGCUGCUGCAAUUAUAUUUUUCCAAAUUGGACUGGUUUUACGUUUGCGACCUUCAACUUUCGAUGUAGGUCGCGUCAUAUAUUGCGUUGAUUGUAUCUACUGGUAUUUACGAAUACUCAAUAUCCUUGGUGUCAACAAAUAUUUCGGUCCUCUUGUGACUAUGAUGGGAAAAAUGGUGAAAAACAUGAUAUACUUCGUGGUGCUUUUGCUAGUUGUGCUAAUGAGUUUCGGUGUAACCAGACAAGCUAUAUUGAAUCAAGAUUCUGAGCCCAAAUGGGGCAUAAUACGAGACAUAUUUAAGGAGCCGUAUUUUAUGUUGUACGGAGAAGUGUUCGCCGAUUCUAUAGAUCCUGUUUGUGGGGAAGAACCAGAAAUGAUACCGUGCCUUACAGGUCGUUGGAUCACACCUGCUGUAAUGUCCGUGUAUCUUUUAGUCGCCAAUAUUUUGCUGAUAAAUCUUUUAAUCGCGGUAUUUAACAAUAUUUUCAAUGAGGUAAAUGCUAUAGCUCAUCAAGUUUGGAUGUUCCAACGGUUUACCGUCGUUAUGGAAUAUGAGCAGAAGCCGGUUUUGCCGCCGCCGCUUAUAGUGGUCUGCCACAUAUAUUUGGUGCUGAGAUAUUGUCUCAGACACGUUACGCAAGGCAAAAGCGGCACUGGGGAGACUUGCGACAAUGGCUUGAAAUUGUUCUUAGAGGCCGACGACAUGGAACGGUUGUAUGACUUCGAAGAGGAUUGCGUGGAGGGCUACUUCCGUGAACAAGAGCUCAAGUUACAAAUGUCCACGGAGGAGCGUGUGAAAGUUACGACGGAUCGAGUGGAAAAUAUGCAUCAAAAGAUUGAGGAUAUCGAUAAGAAGGAAAGCAAUCAAAAUGCAUCUCUUCAGGCAGUCGAGUUCCGUAUCCGCAAAUUGGAGGAUUUGAGUCAGCAGACCGUGGCUCAUCUCGGAGUAAUUCAUCGUUUCAUGGCGACGUACAUGCCCAACGAGGGAUUGUCCGGCUUAGAGGCGCUGGAUAACGUUCGGCAGCGUCGUAUAUCGGAACGCUCGGAGGCCUUCUCCGAAACAGACUCUCACACGCAACUACCGACGUCCGCGCGUCGCAAGAAAUUUUUGCGUUCCUUCACCGACGCCGCUUACUUAAACGUCUGCCACCUAACGGAGGACGACAAGAUAUCUGAGAUCGUGACUUCCCGCGACAAUCUCAGCAGACACGAUUCCUCCGCGAGUAUAAACGCCCACGACGACGUGAAGACGACCGUAAGCUUGGAGACAGAAGGCAGCAAAAAUGUACUCGAGGGCGAAGCGACCGGCAGCAAGAAGGAGAUCCUGUCCGAAAGAGGAAUGAGCACUAGUAGAGAGGUGAGCAGAGAGGUUAGCGUAGAGACCACCAGCAAGGAGCAGAGCAAGGAGGUCAGUCGAGAGACCAGUAAAGAGGCCAGCAGCGAGUACCCGGCCUCGUCGGACGUCAGGCAGGAUUCCGCCGAGCGGAUGUUCCGACAGGACUCCGCGGAGCGUAGCACCACGUGCAGGCAAAACAGCAAGACCCGCUCGGAAUCGGACGACGUCAUACUGCUGCCUCCCUCUUCCAAUGUCCAGAGAGGAGUGACCUGGGCGGAGCCCCGGGUCGCCGUGAUCCCUUCGACUGCCAGUGCCCAAAGGUCGAUCCUGCUGACGAUGCGAGCCGAGUACACGAGCAUCACCGACGAGCUCGAGAGCUACUGCGGUCUGCUGAGUCCCCCGAGGACGCCGCCGAUCUCGCCGCCGCCUUCGCGCAUGUCGGAGAUGUCGAAUCCCGAGAUGGCGUGGCAGAUCGAGAACGAGCACCUGCGCAACGCCGAGGAGUGCGACUACCAGCAGAUGGAGGACCUGAUCCAGCGACGUUACUGCGCGAACGAUGAUGAUGUGGCAGCGUCGGCUGGUGUCGCGAGCGAGGUGCAGAUCGACGAAGCCGUCGUCUGCUUCUUCAACGUUUCCAGCGAGCAUCGCCAGUUGCGCCGAGCCUCCGCGAUCGAGGAGGACCCUCGCCGGCCGCAGCCGACUAUCAGCGUCGCUCGCGAGAUCGAACAGACGCUCGCGAGACCGGAAGCGGCCGAUGCGAACGGCAAGAAUUUAAGUACCGUACCUGCCCCCGCCUCCGAAACCAUGUGUUGAAGGAGAAGAGGAAUGUACAAGCUUGGAAUAAUUAUUUUCAUGCCAAACAUUUGAUGUUUCAUGCUCAAUUGUUUAGCAAUACAUAUUGAAAUUUUGAACAAUUUUAAAACAAUUGUAAGAAAUUAUAUACACACACACACACACAAAUAUAUAUAUAUAUAUAUAGGGUGUCCCAUAAUUCGCGGACCACCUUUCAUGGACAAGUAGAGCACGUUUAAACUGAAUAGAAAAGUCAUGUACCGUUUUGCUAAAUUCGUAAUAAUUAUUGAGUUAUUAACUAAAAUAUCUAAACGAAUGAGCGGGUA